ACAAAGUAACAUUUAUCUUUAACAACAGUAUCAAAGUGGAUAGCAGGCACAACAAUGCAGCUACAUCAAGGGUUGCCAUCUUGAUUGUUUUGGGUUGAAUGAUCACAUGAUUGCGUCACAUGACAACAAAUACAUCAUAAUAUUCAUAUAUCUUCAUUUUCCUUUUCCACACUACAGUGCGAAGUCUGUGUUUUGAAAGCUCUGAUUUCGCUAAACAAAAAGGGAAGGAAGCAGGGCUGGACUGGUAAUCUGGUAUAACGGGCACCUUUCUUGUGGGCCGAUACACUUUCGGGCCGAUCAGGGGCGGACUGGCCAUCGGGAGAACUGAGCGGGCCGGUGGGUUGGCUGCGAAACGGGCUGAAUGACCUGCGACAAGCUAAUUACGUGUUAUGCAGAACGUACCAAAAAUGCCGCCACGAUAUGCAGAAAAGGACAGCGGACACCCCGCGACUUUUGGGCCAGUUGCUAUGUAAAAUCCUGGGCUGUUUUUUUCUUCCCAGUUCCCUCAAUUGAGCUUAACUUGUAAUGAACCCAGAAUAUUCCUUUAAAGGUGCUAGAUGUAAGAUUGACAACAAGCGUUUGAAAUGGGUACUGCAGUCCAAAUUCAAAAUAUUGGAGCGUUGUCUGCUCCGCCCCAGACUCGAAGCUCAUGCAGGUUACCAGAAUGUUGACAUGCAAAUUAGCAAACUCAGCAUCUGUUUUAAAGGAUUUCUGGGCUUUAAGCUGUCUCCAUCUUCCAAAGCCAUCUCCAGUAUUUCUCCUUGUUUUACUACACCUCUUGUCAUGGUGUUUUUAGGCAACGGCGAGGCUUUUAAGAUCGGGUGGAAUCUGUUAUCUCUGAUCCAGUUCAUUUGCUGGCUUCCAUGGCUGCAGCACGCAGUGUUGUUUGCCUGCAAACUUGUUCAACUCUGGGAAUCCAGUGGUGUCGAAAUACUAUUGAUGCCUUCGAAAUAGAUGGCAUCACGAGGAAGGAAAACUAUGUGGAUACAUUGAAGCAACAUCUCAAGACAUCAGCCAGGAAGUUAAAGCUCGGUCGCAAAUCGGUCUUCCAAAUGGACAAUGACCCCAAGCAUACCUCCAAAAUUGUGGCAAAAAGGACAAUAAAGUCAAGGCUGCCCAGUGCGAAACAUCUGCUCAAUGUAGUGUACGAGAACUUCGGGACUCUGGCGUUCUGUCGCCGCUGGCUCGACUGUUUCGGAGAGAGCAAGUACCUGAUAGCAUCAUCGACCACUACCCCCCUUUGUGUGAGGGGCUUGUACACUGUGCAGUUCGAAGACACUAUCCUGCUCAGACCCACGUGCAAGGAGGUCGUGAGCCGCGGAGAUGACUACCGAGAUCACACUCACAUACACAAACAUAUAGAUAUUCUUAGAAGUAUAAACUUGUUUAAAAGCAGAUGGUGUUUACUGAACACGUUCUGCUGUGACCGUACAGCAUAUAUUCAGUAUUUCAUCAGGAAGUAAUCAAUAAAAGCUUUUACUGUUCCUUUUGAUAUUUGUAAAAUAAACCAAUAAAUAAACAUUGAGGUACAUUUUCGGACAAUUUAGGAAACAAUUUGCAGUCUGACAUCAAUUGCAAAUGUAUUAAAUGGUUUGCAGUGUUGGGCAAGUUAAUAUAGAAAUCCACUAAAAAUUCUUCUUCUCUAAAAUUGUAAUCAGAUUACUUUACUGAAUACUAAAU